AUGCCUUCCAAAAGAGUCUUGGUUCAGUUUGACUUUGAUGAUAGCGAGAGCUUCAUCCAAGAUGGUUUGGAACAAAUCUCCGAAAGGAGGAGAAAUGGAAAAAGGGGCCGAAAAGGAGCCGAGGUGAAUGACCAAUCCUUGUUGGUGGACAAGCUCAAGGGUGCCUCUGAUAAGGCGGAACUGGUGCGGGUGCAUUGCUACUCUGGAUUUGAAACCUCACUCAUGGCAAUCAGAGCCAUCUAUCGGUUCUACAAAGAGGAUGGAACUGUUCGAGAGUUUCCCGGCGACAAGCACUUUUUCGAAAAGGGACGUCUGUGCUUCCAGAAGAAGGAUGCAGGAAACGAAGACGAAUCACACCAAACCAGCAAGUUGUCCUUUGAACGGAAUGGUAUCUAUAUGAAGGCGAAGAGCCAAGAGGGAGCCAGAGGAAUGGUGAGCCCGAGUUUGAGAGUUUGUUACCUGAGAUGCUAA